UGACGUCACCGCCGCACCUGGGCUGGGCAGGUAAGGGCUGUGGGCACCGAAGGCCCUGAGCUCUGUGCUGGCCAGGUGUCCCCGGCCGGCGGCGGUGGGGCAUCGCGGGCAGCUCCGGAUCCCGACGAGGCUCGAGGGAGCCGGACCAGGCAGACCAUGGCCCUGCACCCCCGCCGGGUGCGGCUGAAGCCCUGGCUGGUGGCCCAGGUGGACAGCGGCCUGUACCCCGGGCUCAUCUGGCUGCACCGGGACUCCAAACGCUUCCAGAUCCCCUGGAAGCACGCCACGCGCCACAGCCCGCAGCAGGAGGAGGAGAACACCAUCUUCAAGGCCUGGGCCGUGGAGACGGGCAAGUACCAGGAGGGUGUGGACGAUCCCGACCCCGCCAAGUGGAAGGCCCAGCUUCGCUGCGCGCUCAACAAGAGCCGGGAGUUCACCCUCAUGUACGAUGGCACCAAGGAGGUGCCCAUGAACCCGGUGAAGAUCUACCAGGUGUGCGACAUCCCGCAGGCCCAGGGCGCCAUCAUCAACCCAGGCUCCACAGGCUCAGCCCCCUGGGACGAGAAGGACAAUGACGCAGAGGACGAGGACGAGGAGGAGGAGCUGGAUCAGUCUCAGCACCACGUCCCCAUCCAGGAUACCUUCCCCUUCCUGAACAUCAGUGGUUCCCCCAUGGCGCCAGCCAGUGUGGGCAACUGUAGCCCUGAAGCCGUGUGGCCCAAAACAGAGCCCCUGGAGAUGGAGGUGCCCCAGGCCCCCAUCCAGCCCUUCUACAGCUCCCCGGAACUAUGGAUCAGCUCGCUGCCGAUGACAGACCUGGACAUCAAGUUUCAGUACCGGGGCAAGGAGUAUGGGCAGACCAUGACGGUGAGCAACCCUCAGGGCUGCCGGCUCUUCUAUGGGGAUCUGGGUCCCAUGCCGGACCAGGAGGAGCUGUUCGGGCCCGUCAGCCUGGAGCAGGUCAAGUUCCCGGGCCCCGAGCACAUCGCCAACGAGAAGCAGAAGCUGUUUACCAGCAAGCUGCUGGACGUGAUGGACAGAGGGCUGAUCCUGGAGGUCAGCGGGCACGCCAUCUAUGCCAUCCGCCUGUGCCAGUGUAAGGUGUACUGGUCGGGGCCCUGCGCCCCGUCGCCUGUCACCCCCAACCUGAUCGAGAGGCAGAAGAAGGUCAAACUCUUCUGUCUGGAGACGUUCCUCAGCGAGCUCAUCGCCCACCAGAAAGGACAGAUAGACGAACAGCCACCCUUUGAGAUCUACCUCUGCUUCGGGGAGGAGUGGCCCGAUGGGAAGCCACUGGAGAGGAAGCUCAUCCUGGUCCAGGUCAUCCCCGUGGUGGCCCGGAUGAUCUACGAGAUGUUCUCUGGCGACUUCACCCGCUCCUUCGACAGCGGCAGCGUCCGCCUGCAGAUCUCCACGCCGGACAUCAAGGACAACAUCGUGGCCCAGCUGAAACAGUUGUACCGCAUCCUGCAGACCCAGGAGGGCUGGCAGCCCAUCCUGCCCGCGCCCAGCCUGCAGCUGCCCCCGGCCCUGCCCACGCAGUAGGCCUGAGGCCGGCCCCUGCUUUAUUUUAUUUUUAUUUUUACAGGAUUGUACAUACUGAUGUUUUUUAUGAUUCAGACCUAGCAGCUUGCAGCCCCCCCCCCCCUUUCGUCCGUGCUAGCCACCUGCGACCCCGCAGAUAGCCCGGCUCCUGCAGAUGGUUUAAUUUACGGCAAAACGGUCCUCUGGCUGUCCUUCUCUCAGCCUCCGGACGGCAGUGGACACAGCAGAGGGAGAGCCGGCGUGGGAGUGCACGCAGCAGCUGUGCUUCUGGUGUGGUGACUCGAGCUGCGGCCUGUAGCCUGCGGGCGCCAGCGACCUCCCCGUGCGGUGCGGGCCCAGUGCUGCCCGGAGCCCGUGCCCAGCGCGGCCGCCCUGACCCGGUGGCCUCGUCCUCCCUGCACAGCAGAAACUGCCCGGCUGAACGUUUCUGCGUUACUCCCCUACCACUCUUUCCCCUCUUGCUUUCAUUAAAGUUCUCUCAGGCUCCGA